AUGCUGGACAGCCAAUUCGUCAGAGACGAAUAUGGGGUGGAGCCGCACCAGCUGCUGGACUUCUUUGCAUUAGUUGGGGAUCGAGCAGAUGGGAUCGUGGGGUGUCCUGGGAUCGGAUCCGCAGCAGCGCGGAAGUUGCUGCAGGCUGUGGAGGGUCUUGAAGGCUUUGAGUCUCGGGGCUGCAGCGUGGCGGGGGUGUUGGGGCGGCGGCAAGCAGCAGCAGUGAAGGCCUUUGUGCCGCAGUGGAAGCAAAAUCGGCAGCUGGUGGCUCUCGAUGCUCAAGUUGCUGCUGCUCGCUGCUGCAGCCUCCAGGCCUUCCAGCUUUCCCAGACGCAGCAGCAGCAGCAGCAGCAGCAGCCCACACUCCCCAGCUGCUUCGCCCAAUUCGGGGUCCACAAGCCCGCAGCGCAAUUUCUGCUACAGUGGGCAGAAGCAGACGAAGAGGCAGUAGUGGACACAGAGAAAGCCCCAACAGCAGCAAAGGAUACCCUUCAACCUCCUGCUGCAGCAGCAACAGCAGCAACUACUGCAGCAGCAACUGCAGCAGCAACUGCAGUAACAACUGCAGCAACUACUGCAGCAACGAUAGCGGAUAAGGAGGAAAUUGGCGUGUCGCAAGAGUAUGCGGCGAAAGUUGUUGAACGACCGCCCGCAGCAGUAGCAGCAGCAACAGCAGCAGCAGCAGCAACAGCAGCAGCAACAACAGCAGCAGCAACGAAACGCCGGGCAGCCGAGAAAACGCGUGCUGCCGACUCUGGCCCAGCUAAAAGCAAAUCCAGAAGCAAGCGAGCAGCUGCUUCACAAGGCCUCCUGAGGGCUGAGGCUUCUGCUGCUGCUGCUGCUGCUGCUGGGAAGGAUGCCCCAAGAGCAGCAGCAGCAAAGCAGGAAGCAGCAGCAGCGGCUACUCCGGCGAAGGCAAGUGCAGCAGCAGGGCUAAACGAUGUGUCUGUGGCUACUGCGGCGAGCAGCGCGCUAACAGCAGCAACAGCUGCAGCAACAACAGCAGCAGCGGCAAAAGUACCAACAGCAGCAGCAGCCCCAGGCUGCGGCGCUGCUGUGCUGCGGCCAGCCAAGGGUGCUGCACUUGUCUCUGCUUUGUCAAAGGGCUCUGACCCUCCCCACAGUGCCUCACCUGCAGCAGCAACAAAGGCAACAGCAGCAGCUGCUGCUGCAGCAGCUGCUGCUGCAGCGGGUGCGAAGACCGAUCAAGAGGUAGCAACGACGCAGGGUCUCCGUAAAGCACCUCCUGCGCCGCCAUCCGCAGCAGCAGCAGCAGGAGCAACAGCAGCAGCAGCAGGAGCAACAGCAGCAGCAGCGGCAGCAGCUCGACAAGUUUCUGAGUUGGGAAAAAGCACUCAAAACGUGCAGUGGGCCCUCUGGAACUCUAUGAAGGCCCUGUGGCCAGCCUGGCUGGGGGGCCCCCUGCUGCAGGGGGCCCAGGGGGCCCCCCUGCACUUCUCAAAACUGCACGAUAAAUCGUGCACAGCAGCAGCAGGAACACCAGGGGUCUUUUUGAGGUGCUUCCACACUUUGUCUCACCGCCGUUUGCUGCGGCUUGGCGAGCAGGCAGCAGCAACAGCCCCUGCUGCAGGAGCAGCCCCUGCUGCAGCUGCUGCUGCUGUACCAGCCGGUAUGGCUGUCUCCAUGGCUCCUUCUGAGACUUCAGACGCUUUAGCGGCUGAAGCGAGCAGCAGCAGCAGCAGCAGCAGCAAGAGCAGCGACGGCAGCAACAGCAGCAGCAACAGCAGCGAUGGCGGCGAUGGCAGCAGCGAUGGCACCAACAGCAGCAGCGACAGCAGCAACGGCAGCAGCGGCAGCAACAGCAACAAACUCAGCAGCUACCCCUGCAGCAGCUCCGGCAGCAGCACGUGGAAUCCCAGGGUCAACGGUAGCAGCGCGAACGCCGCAACCUCCAGCAGCAGCAGCAGCAGCAGCGGCAGCAGCGCUUUUCUUGCUGCAGAGGGCACUCGACAGCAGCAGCUCCCUGAGGGGCCUUCUGCGGAGACUCUAAGAGACACAGACGGAAACACCGAAGCCGGAGCAGCAGCAAGUGUCUCUGAGUGUGGGGCCCCACACUCAGGGGAAGAUUGGGAGAGCCAGAUGCUGCUGCUGCUCGAGCAAGAGAAGCAGCACGUGGCUUCGGUGCAGCAGCACAUGAGGCAGCAGCAGCAGGCAACGGCCAGCGUGGAAGCAGCAGCAGCAGCCGCUGCUGCUGCUGCAGCACCAGCACUGCGCGCUGCAGCAAUCCGCGCUGCUGCGCGCCCAGCAGCGCGGCGUAAGGCUGCUGCGGCCCAUGGCGACAGUGCAGCCGCAGCAACUGCUGCUGCUGCUGCUGCUCAAGAUGCUGCUGCUGCUGCUGGUAUUCCUUGCGCUGGCGGUGUUGCAGCAGCAGCAGCCCCGGAUACUGCAGCGAAGCUGGAUCCCUCUGAUGAAGCUACAGCAGGAACUGCAGCAGGUACUGCAGCAGGAAGUGCUGCAGCAGCAGCCUCGGCUGCUGCAGCAGCAGCGCUGCCGCUGCUGCCCCCCAUCGAAUGCAGAAGCAUCUCUGCAGCUGCCACGCCGCUGCAGCAAGCAGCAGCCUUCCGCAGCACGCUGCGUUUGUGUCUCCGUUAUCUUUCGGUACUGCAGCACGGGAAGAGACCCUCGGGCAAGUGCAGCAGCCCUGCAGCAGCAGCAGCAGCAGCCGCAGCAGCAGCGGAAGAGUGCCCCCGCCAGCUGCCCGAGCGGGUCCCGGUGGACCCGCUUGGGAUGUGUCUUUCGCUACUUGACGAAGGCAAAGACACGCCCAACAGCUGCAGCAGCGCAGCAGACCGCAGCAGCAGCAACAGCAGCAGCAGCAGCAGCUACCGCGGUGGGUCCCUCGUGCUGCCAGUGGCUGUGGCCUGGCUAACUAACAGCCCUUCGGGGGCCCACGCCCCAGCUUGCGCUUUGCUGCCUCUCCACCUGACUUUUAGCCUGCGCCUGCCCCCCGGCUUGCUGCAGCUCUUGUCCUGCCAGCAGCAGCAGCAGCAGCAGCAGCAGCAGGAGCCGCAGCAGCAGCAGGAGCAGCAAGAAGACAUACUGCACUUUCACUUUGCAGUUCCGGAGCUGCAGCAGGACCCUGCUGCUUGCGAGCUGCUGCGCUGCUGCCUGCUGCGUGAGGGGCAGCUGGAGGAGUUUGCUGCUGCAUCGCGGGGUGUCUGGGGAGCUGCUGCUGCAGGUGUUUGUACACCCCAGCCCCAGGUCUUGUGGGCAGCACAUGGCGCGAAGCAGCUGCUGCACUUGCUGCUGAAUUUGGGGCUGCCGCUGCCGCAGCAGCAGCAGCUGCUGUGCACUUCGCUGCUGGCUUGGCUGCUGCGGGGGGCCAAUUUGCGCAGCUCCGAUUUGCUGCAGCACGCGGCGCUCUUCGAGCUGCUGCAGCCACGCCUGCAGCAGCAGCUGCUGCAGCAGCAGCGGCAGGCCCACGACGACGCCGCUCCCGCUGCAGCAGCAGCAGCAGCAGCAGGGGGGCAGCGCGACGCGGGAACUGCAGCCCGCGCCGACUCCCACAGCGGAGAGUCUCUUCUGCAUCUCUUGGAGUCACCUUACAGCUCUUUAAUAAUAGAACGCAUGACAAAAGCUGCUGCAGCAGCAGCAGCAGCAAGUGCUGCUGACUCCGGAGCUUCACGCGCGCAGCGCCGCAAGCGGGGAGCAGCCGCCGCAUCUUCUCCUGCUGCUGCUGCGCCUCUAGCUGGUGCUGCUGCUGCUGCUGCUGCUCAGCCAGCAGCCGAUGAGCCAUCCCGCCGCCAAUCGACCCUUCAGCCACCCUGGCGUGUCUUUGCUGCUGCUCGGCGCUCGCUGCUGCCUCCAGAGCAGCAGCAGCUGCAGCAGGGACUCUUUGGGCAAUUUGGGUGGGGCAUUUACUCAAAAGCCCCGCAGAAGAAGGCGCGGGGAACAGCUCCACAGGACGGCAGCAGCAGCAGCAGCAGCAGCAGCAGUUCUGAGGGCAAAAUGGCUCCAGCAGCAGCGCAGCUGCAGCUCUGCUUCCAGCCAGUGGGUGUGCCGCAGGCAGCAGCCAGCAAAGAGGACUUCAGCGUACAGCAGCUGCAGCCGCAGCAGCAGCAGCAGCAGCAGCAGCAGCAGGCCGCGGAGGAGCUGGCUGCUGGCGCCGCGGACGCCGGGGCCCUCAGCCUCGCCUGGGGAGUCUGGGCCCAAAUUGAAAGACCUUUAAUUCCAGUUCUUGCUGCUCUUGAAAGAAGAGGACUUUGUCUUUCAACAUCUUUGUUGGCCCGUGGCUGGCGGCAGCAGCGCGGGGCAGGGGCCUGCAGCACGGGGGCCCCACCUGCUGCUGCUGCUGCUGCUUCUGCUUGGGGCCCCACAGUGCAUGCGCACGCGCCCGCUGCUUCCCCCGAAGACUUUACCGACGCGCUGCAGCAGCAGCAGCAACUCGAGAAAAGAAUUUGGAGGCUCAUUGAGCAGCUAACUGGCCGCAGCAGCGUCAACAUAAACUCCCCCAGUCAGCUGGCAGCAAUUCUCUACGACGAGCUCCAGCUCUCACCUGCUGCUGCUGUUGCUGCUGCCUUUGCGGGCGAUCCCAGCGACCAGGCGCUGAGCGCCCGCAGCAGCAGCAGCAGCAGUAGCAGCAGCAGCAAGAGCAGCAGCAGCGGCAGCCGCUCCACGGGGGCCGACGCGCUGCAGGGGCUGCUGCGGCAAAUGCGAUCCCAAGAAAUGGGCCCCCGCGAACGCCAAGUGGCAGAAUUGCUUUCUUCUCUUUUGGAAUAUAGGGCGAGCCACAAGUUCUUCAGCACUUACUUUGCGUCGCUGCCUGCCUAUAUUUUCCCUCCCACCCGCCGCAUUCACGUCUCGCUGCUGCAGACAGGAGCUGCCACGGGCCGUCUUGCAUGCAGAAAUCCCAACCUGCAAAAUAUUCCAAACCACCAGGAGGAGUGGCGGUGGAUCCGAAGGGCCUUUGUGCCAGCCCCAGUGAGCCCCUGCAAGACUGACUGGGCGGGCGGCUGCGGAGAUGCGCUGAGUGCUUCCUUCAGCAGCGCAGCAGCUGCUGCAGCUCCCUCUGCAGCAGAAGCUCUGCCAGCAGCAGAAGCAGCAGAACAAGCAGCAGCACCGCUGCCAGCACCGGCAGCUGCAGCAGCAGCAGCUGCAGCAGCAGUUCGCGGCUCUCCUUGGCGCUUCUUGUCAGUGGACUAUUCGCAAAUGGAGCUGCACAUUUUGGCAUUCCUUUCAAACGACCCGCAGCUUCUGGCGGACCUGCGAGGGGGGAAGGCGGGGGGCCCCGGGGGCCCUUCUGGGGGCCCCCCCGGGGGCCCCCCUGGGGGCACCCCUGGGGGGCAGCAGCUGGACUGCUUCCAGCUGACGGCCUCGCGGCUGUUUGGCUGCGCCCCUGGGGAAGUUACUAGGGAGCGCCGCAGCGCGGCCAAGACAGUCACUUACGGCAUUCUGUACGGACAAACAGAAAAAGGACUCUCUCGCCAGCUGCAGCUGCCGCUAAAAGACGCGCGGCAGCUAAUAAGCUGCUUCUUCAGUGCGUACCGGGGUGUACAGACACUGAUGCGCACACACACCCAGUUCGCCGAAAACACCGGAACAAUUGAAACUUUAGUUGGCCGCAGCAGGUUGCUGCAGGGGGCCGACGUGCUGGCGGAGCAGCUGCGUCUUUGCCCGCAGCUUGCGGCGCUGCUGCAGCGCGUGGGCGCAGCAAAACGCCCAGCCAGCUCCCCCAGCAGCAGCAGCAGCAGCAGCAGCAGUGGGGCUGCAAAGAGCCGCUGCAGGAGGCAGGCCAUGAACAGCCCCAUCCAGGGCCUCGCCGCAGACAUCAUGAAGUUCGUCACCGCCAGGGUGGAGCAGCUGCUGCAGCAGCAGCAGCAGCGCGCCCUCGCGGGCCCAGGCAGCGCGCAUGCACUGGCAGCAGGUGCAGCAGCAGGGCCCCGCGGGCUUUGGGGGGGCCCCCAGGAAGUGCUGCGGAGGCCCCUGAGAGCCCAGGUGGUGCUGCAGAUCCACGACGAGCUGCUGCUGGAAGUGCACGAAGAAGACGUGCAGCUCGCGCUGCAGCUGCUGCUGCCGCUCAUGCAGCGCGCCUGGGGGCUGCUGCUGGUCGAAACUGACUGCCUGGAUCGCUACGCCGCCCUUUGCCGCGUGCAGAAGUUCCUGAGUAACCCCCACGGCGAGGAAAGCGCUGGGGAGGCGGCCCUGCGCCGCUGGGCGCUGGAGAUAGCGGGCAGCAGCAGCAGCGGCGGCAGCAGCAGCGGCAGCAGCAGCAGCCCGCAGCAGAAGUGGUUCGAACUCCCAGCCGCCUACGAGUGGCUUCGCCCGCUGCUGCAGCGGAAGCUGCCGACGAGUGCCAAAGUCGGAAGUGACUGGGCUUGCUGCUGA